UUUCUCACUACAUAUUGUGUGUCUAUAUGUUAGUUUUAUCUUAAGCCCCAUGCACAUGACAUUGUACACCUAAUGAACUACUACUUUGACAGUGAUUAAUAAUAUAGUUAACCAGAACAAAGAGACUUUAAAAAAAGGUAUAAACAGGGAAACCCUAAUUAAAAUAGUGCUGUUAAAAACAUUGCUCACAAAUGUAGCUCUACCUUUUCAUUUUAGGCUUCUUUAAUAUUUUUCUCAGUCAAAAGGUUUUUUCUUUCACCUGUUACGGUUUGGACAAGUAAAAAUGGGGAAACAGAUUAGAUGCAAGCUACCGUCUGAUGCACAAAACUUUUUAUAGAAACGGACCAGUCACUUGUAAUCUUUCAUAAGAAGAAAAGAAAAGAUACAGACUUCUUGUAGUUUCCCCAUCAAAUAUGAAAUGUAAAAUUUGAACAGAUUUCUAUCAUAAAAUAUAUUCACUAUGACACAUUUUUGUACUAUUGUAUUUUUGUAGCAAGUUCUGAGGCAACGGCAGAAGGGUAACAUUAAGUAGAAUUGCCUUGUUCUCAAAGCAUGUGGAAUCCCCUGAGAAUAGAGAUAUCCCAUCUAAUCUAUGUUUUAUUGUUAGUUCCAGUCAUUAUCCGGUUUGGGAUGGUCCAGAAGAAAAUGGUAAUUUUGUAGGUUAUAAAAUGAAAAGGAUCAAUGAUCUUCAGAUGACAUGGAUCAGCUUUGUACAGUGCUUACAGAUUCCAUGAUAUGUAUUCAUUUCAGUAGAAAGUAAUAUAAGCUAGUUUCAGGGCAAAGACAAAUAAAGCAAACACAUGACAGCGGAUUCCUCUUUUCUGUAACAAAAUUAAAUGGAACUAGGCUUUUUAAAAAAAUGGAAAUUUAAUAUUGGUGUUCCCAUCAGUGGGGACAUUAAUAAAGAUUUACGUUGUUAAAAGUUUGCUUUUUCGUUGCUGCUUCUAUCAAUUCAAAUGUUGAUAGCUUGUGAAAUUAGUACAUCAGCAUGAUUAAUCUUCUUUAUGUUACACAAAGUGACUAUUGAAGUUUUCCCCCUAAGAAGGAACAUGGUAGGUAAGUGCAGAAAACAAUUGGUAUUUAAUUAUUAUUCCUUCUUUAAACUCAUAAAAACAAAAGUGGCAAAUGCUCCAAACAUAUGUUGGACAGAGACUGCUCUUCAAAUACUGCUCAGUCAUAAUUUAAACUGAAUGAAAUGCUUUUUCUUUUUCUUUUCUUUUUCUUUUCUUUUCUUUUCUUUUCUGGAAAACUGUACUUUAGUGUUUUCUCGGAGUCAUGUGCAGCUAGACAUUUUGAUUUGUUUCACGAAGUAUUCUUCUUGUUUAAUCUUUCUUCCCAUUGGGAUAAUCAUUUGUCUAUAAAUAUGCCGUUCUUCUAUUAGUUUGUUUUAGCUCUUUAUAUCAUACUUAUUGACUUGAAGCUAUGUUAAAGCCUGAGUAAAACUCAGCAAACCUGUGUACUUAAAGUGUGGAAAUGUUAAUAUCUUAAUUAUUAUUUAACAUUAUUGCUGAUUGUCUGUUGUAUUCCAACAGAUAUAGUGGUUGGAUUUAGACAUAAUGCUAAAUCAUGAUUAAAUCCUGGUUUAUCAUUACUAAGAUGAGCCUCCGACUCAUGCGCUCCCCCCUCCCCAUGUGAGGGGAAGUAAUAACUUGCUGUUUUUAUGCCUGGUUUAAAACAAGCCAUUAUUUAUCAUUGCUUCUGAAUCUUGCAAAUGGGUUAAGCAUAAAAACAUUAUUGUCUAUGUUGCAAACACAAUAAAUUUGUAUGGUAAGUUUGUAAUUCAUCUCUUGAAUGCCUAGUACCAUGUGAGGGUGAAUCUAUAUUUAUAGAAACUGUGUGUGUGUGUGUGUGUGUGUGCGCGUGUGUAUUUUACAGCAAGGUGGAUCUCUGUUCUGUGUGAAAACAUUGUGAGUGUUUGACAGCAUGGUAUUAAUAAAAAUAGUAUUAUGGAGUAAGUAUGUGAUAACUAUCAUAAUUUUCCUGUACUUUUCUGCUGUGAAAUACUUUGCAUAUUUACUUGGAAGAUAAAUUCCAUUGACUUCAACAUGAUUAUUCCCAAAUAGGUGUGUAUAAGAUUGCUGAUAAAAACAUAUUUUGACUGUUUGAAGAUGCAGAAACAAUAGUGACUCUAGACAACUUUCUUCCCACUUAUUUGUAAGAGAUUUCUCAGCCCAAGGAAAAGAGGCAAACCUUCUGUAGUAUUAGGUGCUCAUAAACUAGAAAAUUAGAGGAUUCUGUGAUCUUCACAGAGGUUUACAGAGAUAUUUAGUGUGAAACGUGUGCAUUUUCACCAGGCAGUGGAUCCAGUGCUCUCCGUGGUUACUUAAUGGACUACAGGAAAUUCACCUGCAAGGCAGACCAGUUGAGUACAAAUGGAAGAAAAAGCUGAACGUUAUACACAGUUUAGAGCCCAUUUGACUACAUAUACCAUAGCAGUAAUGGUAGCAAUGAAGUUUUUCUCUAACACCAUUGCAUCAAUUCAGUGAAUUGUGGUGAAGGAUUUAUUAAAUCCUGAGAGAAAGGGACUUAAUAUUCUGCGUUGACUAUAUUUUUGGUUACUGUUGCUUGCAUCCUAUCCAACGUGGAUGCCAACUGUAACUGUAAAUCCUGUGGAGAUGUCUGACGGUGCUGUUAGUUAGACUGAAUCAAUUUCUGUUUCUUUAAAGAAUGCUGAUGGGAUCCUUGGAAAAGUGUCCCCGAACUGUUUGUUUUACCCUUUUAAAGGUGAGCUAGGUCUACUGCUGUUGAGGAUUUGUACAGGCACUCCCCGAGAAACAAACAAACAUCCAUACAAACAAAACUAAAGUAAAGUUGUGUUGUCAAGUCCGUGUCGACGCCUGGCGACCAGAGAGCCAUAUGGUUUUCUUUGGUAGAAUACAGGAGAGGUUUACCAUUGCCAUCUCCUGCACAGUAUGAGAUGAUGCCAUAUUAUGUUAAGGAAGUCCCCAACUUGCAAAUGCCAGCCGGCACAUACAAACAAGUCAUUGCUCAUGGUGAUUGGCAAGUAAACACUGUCAAUCACGAGGAAUUUAAACUUAGGAAUCUACUCUGGAGAGAAUCCCCAAGGGAGGGGCUUUGGAACAGAGUGAAGAGGUAUCUAUGAAAUUCAGCUGGAGUUAACUGACAGUUCAGAUAGGUGCGGUUAGGGCUAGAGAGGAUCUCUGGUUAGGGACUAUAGGCAGGACUAAGGGUGGAAUUGGGAGGUUGGUGGGUAGGUUUUACACACCAGGCAUGACCUCUGUAAAGCAAACAAAUGCUGGGAGUGUAUGGUUGAUAACACAAGAUAUUCAACCAGGGUGGCUGUAUCCCUGUAAAGGUAUUGAAAAUCUAAAGAAGCUUGUUAUUUCUAAACAGUCACCUCAGUAACUUGAAAGUAAAUCCUUUGUUGAUGUACUGACACAAUCUUGUAUAAGUACCUUUUGCUAAGCAGACUCCAGCCUGGUUGCAUUUGAAUGGGAGACUACGCUUCCUCUGAAAGACAAAGUCCACAGUUUAGGGGUGCUUUUGGACCCAACACUGUCCUUGGAGGCGCAGGUGGCGGCGGUGUUCAGAAGUGCCUUUCACCAACAAUGGCUGGUAUGCCAGCUGCGACCCUACUUGGAGAAGUCGGACCUGACCUCAAUCACUCAUGUGUUGGUAACAUCCAGAUUGGACUACUGCAACGUGCUCUACAUGGGGCUGCCCUUGAAGACUGUUCGGAAGCUUCAGCUGGUUCAGAAUGCUGUCGCAAGGAUGCUUGUGGGUGCAAGUCACUUCACAAGUAUUACACCCAUCCUGUGUCCUUCAUUGACUACGGGUCUGCUUCUGGGCUAGAUUCAAGAUGUUGGUAUUGACCUUUAAAGCCCUACAUGGCUUGGCACCAGGGUACCUGUCGAACUGCAUUUGCGCCUAUGAAUCUGCCAGGGCCCUCUGCUCAUCAUCUCAAGCCCUGCUCAUGACUCCGCCACUAACAGAGAUCCAGUUGAUGAGGACUAGAGACACAACCUUAUCGGUUGUGGCCCCUCAGCUUUGGAACAUACUCCUUGAAGAGCUUCGCCAUGAUCCCUCCCUCAGUGUUUUUUAAAAAAAUCUUAAAAUACACCUUUUAAAGGAAGUUUUUAAAUCCUCCAUUAUAAUGUUUUGUUAUAUCAGUGCUGCCAAGCUUCUGGACAAGAAUCUAUUCUCUGUCAGCACUCCGAAUCCUCUGCUUCCUUCUCCUGCGAGUCUUCAGCUUGCUCAGCUACAAGCCCAGCUUACCCUGCACAGGCUAAAAUUGGCUCAGACAGCAGUCACCAACAACACAGCAGCUGCAACAGUCCUGAAUCAAGUUCUCUCCAAAGUGGCCAUGUCUCAGCCACUCUUCAACCAAUUAAGACAUCCUUCCAUGUUUAACACUCCUCAGGGACAUGUGGGAGGGCCUGGGGUUGCCAAUACUAGGUUCCCACCUGGUGGAAUACAUUUUCCAGCACAGAACCCCACCUUGGCAGCACCAGGUGGGAAUCUGGGGCCUGUAAGUAACUUACAAAAUCAAAACCCAAAUGCUGUAGUCAUAAAUCCUUUUGGAGGUGUGAUAUCUCAGACAGCUGGACAACAGGCUGUAGUCAUGGGUCUAAAUAAGACUGGCAUCUCCUCUGCAACUGGUGCAUUUUAUGACUACGGUAAACAAGCAUUUUCCUCUGAUGCUGAACAGUGCAGCCAGCAUGGCUUUGUAACCAGUGGGUCUCAUUCAGUCUCAGCUUCCUCUGCAGGGGGAACUUAUGAAGGUCAUUUUGGUAAACAUGACAACCAACCAGGAUUUCAGAAAGAAUUUUAUGGAGCUACUUCUAAAGGCCAGCAUACAACUGGGAUACAGUCUUUGAGCUUUGCUGCUGACCCACAUAAUUCUCAUCAGGUUAUAAGUCAAAAAGGAGAGGCAGGUCCUGUUAUACAUGAAACAGAAACAAAUAAUCAGUGGGAAAAUCCUUCUACGUUCUCUGGCCAAAAUAAGCCUGACAUUGUGCCCAGUGCCAGCAUGUGGCCGUCAACAAGUGUCCCGUAUGAAAUAAGGAAUGAUCUCUAUAAUCCUGAAGAACCAACACCUGACACAAAAUUUAGUGCUGGUGCUCCUCUUGCUUUCAGCAGAGCCAAUAGCAGCAAACAAAAUUUCAUGAACUCACGGAUGAAACCGAAGCAGGAACUAACACCAACUGCACCAGAUUUGUCAAUGAGACUUCUUCAGUCUCAUGAUCUAAAUGAUUUCCACAGUAUCACACCACUUUGCUUCCCCCAUAUCUGUACUAUAUGUGAUAAGAAGGUCUUUGAUCUAAAGGACUGGGAUCAACACAUUAAAGGGAAUCUUCACAUUCAGAAAUGCAUGGCUUUCUCAGAAAACACUGAUAUUCGGUGUGUGUUCAGCUCAGCAGAAGGAAUGUUACACUCUUCUUCUCCAAAUAACACAUCUGUGUUUAAUCUUUCUGGAACUGAAGAUUACACUUUAAAUACUGGGUCGUCAUACAACUCUACAUCUCCAUUUGGCCAUCCAUGUUCUACAUUCUCUUCUGUACCAUCUGCAGUAAAUGUCCCACAAAGGAAGUCUACCCCAGGUCGAGUAGUACACAUCUGUAAUCUUCCUGAAGGAAGCUGCACAGAGAAUGAUGUUAUCAACCUUGGGCUUCCCUUUGGGAAAGUCACUAAUUAUAUCCUUAUGAAAUCUACUAAUCAGGCUUUUCUAGAAAUGGCAUACACUGAGGCAGCUCAGGCUAUGGUGCAGUACUACAAAGAGAAACCUGCAAUGAUAAAUGAUGACAAGUUGCUCAUUAGGAUGUCUAAAAGGUACAAAGAACUUCAGCUAAAGAAACCAGGCAAGAAUGUGGCAUCAAUAAUCCAGGACAUCCAUUCUCAGAGGGAACGGGAUAUGUUGCGAGAAGCAGACAGAUAUGGACCUGAGAGGCCUCGGUCUCGCAGUCCUAUAAGCCGCUCACUUUCCCCAAGAUCUCACACUCCAAGCUUUACUUCCUGCAGUUCCCCACAUAGUCCGUUGAGCGCAAAUCGGAUAGAUUGGGGUAAUGGAAGAGAGCCAUGGGAUCGAUCUCCUUACUCUCAAAGGGAGGAAGAAAGAGAAUUAAUGUCCUGGAGAGAGAAUGGGGAAGAGAAAAGGGAUAGGACUGACACAUGGGUGCAUGAGAAAAAACAUUAUUUACGUCAUUUGGACAAAGUUGAUUUGGAAGAGCACACUGAAGGAACCAGAGGGCACAGAGAAAAAUAUUCAAGAGGGGGCUCACCCAGUUCAAAGGGUGCUCACCCAUUGCCUGCAUAUAAGUGCAGAGAAGAAGACUAUUACAGGAAACCAAUUAAGCAAAAAUCUGAUAAGUAUCAAAAACAGACACUGGAUGCUGCUCCAAAGUCUAAAAGAAAGGAAGAAGCAAGACUGAGAGAACAGAAACGUUCUCAUUGUGAGGACACAGCUAAGGAAGAAACAUCAGAACAAAAGCAAAACAAAACGCCAGAUGGUCUCCAGCAAAAACAGAGUGAUACUGAAAAAUUCAAGGUAGCUGAUAAAGAGUCAGAAGAACAUGUACCUGGUGCAGCUGAAAAAACAGAUGUGAAGAAAGGAAAAGAAACCAAGAACAAGGCUGAAAAAACCACUUUUGUUAUGGAGAACAGCCCUUUUUCUACAAAAAAGCACACGAAAAAACCAGAAGACUCUAUAGAAAAUUCAAGAAAAGAGAAAGAACAGGACUGGGAGAGUGGAAGUGAGAUGGAAGCUGAGACCUGGUACCCAACUAAUAUGGAAGAGCUAGUAACGGUAGAUGAGGUGGGAGAAGAUGACCUUAUCAUGGAACCUGAUAUUACUGAACUUGAAGAAAUAGUUACAGUUGGUCCGAAAGACCAAGUAUGUUCAGAAAUUAGUCCCGUAAUUGCUACUGAACUAGAAAUAAAGAAUGAGCACAGCUUAUUAAAUAGAAGCGAAGACAAAUCUCUUGCGAUGGAAACAAACCUUGGGUUGGAAGGGGGAAAUGCAGGAGCUCUUAGUGACUCUGAAGGUGAUCACACAGCUACGAAAUCAUCACAUCUAAAUCUGGACACUGAGCAGAAGCCAGAUGAAUUGCAUGAAGGCAGACCUCUAAAGGAUUCUGAUUACCAUGAUAAGGAAAGAAAAAUAAAUGAAAGCACUGACAUUCACUUAAAGCUGGAGGAGCAGUACAUACCUUCUGGUCCUCCAAAAGAAGAGUUCUUCCAGCAGAAUGAUACAUUCACAGAUGAUGAUAAAGAGAUGGAAUCGCUAGAAACUGAGAGUAGAAAAGCUAUGGAAAUGCUGAUUAAAAACUCCCAGGAGGAAACAAGCUGUGGAGCUCAGGAGCAUCAGAAGACUCAGGUAAAUCGUACAUAUCAGGAAACGAAAACUCCUGACUUCCCAGAGAUGGGAUCGAAAAGAGAACAGUUUUCACCAUCAUGGGAACAAGAAGACGUGUUUACAGAGCUCAGCAUUCCACUAGGAGUGGAAUUUGUUGUGCCAAGAACUGGCUUUUACUGCAAGCUUUGUGGACUUUUCUAUACAAAUGAAGAGACAGCAAAGACUCGUCACUGUAGAAGUACUGUUCACUAUAAAAACCUUCAGAAGUACCUAUCCCAACUUGCAGAAGAGAAUCUGAAGAUGAAUGAAAAAGAAGGCAGCUCAGCACAGGAUGAUAUCGGAAUUGUCCCUCACUUUGAGAAGAAAAAGCUAUGAUCUAAAUUAAUUUGACUGAUGCAAAUGUGAACACUGAUUACCUUUUGCCGAUUCCCAUUAUGCACCUUUCAGUUUGCACUCUAUUGAAGGAUGGGAAGCGCAAUGAAGAGCUUGUUCUAUGCAUCUCCACUCAGAGGGCUGUUUAAAACAUAAUGCUGAAAUAAGGGAACUAAUAGCACAGCUCAUCUUUCUCAUCCUUUUGGUUACAGCUUUUUCUUUAAAUCCAGAAUUCUCAGGGGUUCUUUCAGUGUGUUAGUUCUGGUGUGACUUCGGGUAGAUUGUUCAGAAAUAAUUAUGUGGAAAAAAUGAUCUGAAUUUAAAAAGUUGUUACAUUACUUUUAUUUACAUCACCUUAUCUGGCAAUGAACCACAGCUCUUGUAAUCACAUCCAUAAGCCAUUGUGUUAUAACUGUUGAAUAUUUGUACUCUUCUUUUGGCCAGAAUAUCUGUGCCUUGUAUGAAGUUGUCAUGGUCCUUGUAUCCAAGGGGCUUACAAUUCAUAUCAGAGAGGACACAACCAGCUAAGCCCUUGGGCAUAUUUCAGAAGUUUAAAUUUUGAAAUGUUCAAGACUGUUCCAGGGUUUGUCAGUGGUAGGAUUGCUUAUCUAUUCUCAUUAGCUUUUCUUAAGGCUUAUUGUAGAAAUCAGUCAGACAUGUAAUAUUUUUUGAAUAGAACUGUCACCCAAUUAAAUCAAUCUUAGUUGAUUAACCAUACAAGUAUUCAUUUAUUAAAUUUUCAUAAAUUUGCACAUAAAUAAAAUAAUAGUGAUAAGGUAGAAACACCUUGUUUGUUUUAGAUGACACUCACACUUGUUAUAUCAUCUUAGAAGACAUACUGUUUACUGUGAGAAAGGAAGAGAUGUGCCUUCUCUGAUAUGAUGUCUGCCACCCUUGCAUUUUUGGUUCCACGGCAAAAAUAAAUUAUGCAGCAACUUUGAUUAUGCUAAACAGGUCUGGAUCAUUUCAGUGCCUGGAUUGGAGACCAGCUGUGAAACCUAUGUACGUUGCUGCCUUAAGUUCCUUGAUGGAAGGAAGGCAGAUAGAAAUAAACUUAACUUUUUAAAAUUUGCUGCCCAAUUAAUUGAGGUACCUUCUUAAUUGAUCAAAAGGCUAUUAAUUAUUAGGUGAUUAAACACUGCAAUCUUAGUUUGAACAGACUUUGAAUUCCAUCCCCUUAUUAAUUAUACAGGUGCCCAAUAUAGUAGUAUUAUAUCUGUGUUUCCACAAUGUGUGUGUGUGCUCCAGAAUUUCUCUAAAAUAAUCAGCAUAUUUAUCUAAUUUGUUUUAAUGAGGCUUGUAUUGGUUAAAUGCAUAUAUCUUGUAAACUGUUACUAUUAACAAUCAUAGGAUGAUCAUUUUUUAAAUGCACAAGGUAUCAUAUGACUUGCUGAGCCAUAUCUUAAAGAAGACUAAGCUUAUACCUUUUUUGGAAUAUUUUUGAAGGAAAUUUGAAUCUAUAUAGAAAAAAAAUAUUGGAAAAGAAUUAUUUCCGUCAUUGACUGCUCAAAUUUGGUAGCUUCCCUUGCAACUGGCACUUUGAGCCUCUCCCAAAGGAGAAAGCUUCUCCCUUUUUAUUGGAAUAGUCUCAUCCCUGUGAGCAAGUUAACACAGACAUGGCCCAAUUUCCAAUAUCUCUCAAGCAACAUUUUUUGUGUGUGUUCCUAUUCCUCAAGCCAAAAUAUCUUUCCUUGGACCCCACCAUCCCCAUCAAUUUACAUGCUCCCAGAGCUUGUGAUCAACAGCUUCCUGACAGCAUUUUUAUAAUAAUAUUAAUUAUUAUUAUUGUUGUUGUUGUUGUUGUUGUUUUCUCCUAUUUUUCAGUAUAUAACUUCCUAAGAGAGUUAAAAAAUAACAAAACUGAUAAUUUUAAAAAUACCAUUAAAAACUGGCAAUAAAUGUUUACUUUUACCUUUCAGAAACACAAAUACUAUACUCUUCAAAUAUUACAGAAAAAGAUGUAGUUGGUCUGUGCAGGAAAUGCAAGGACCUCUGUUUUGCUGUAAUAAGUGGCUAUUAUUAUUAUUGGCUAUAAUAUAAGUGGCUUUUAGUAAAAAUCUAGACACAGACGAUUCCUAAUGAAGAAUACAUAUCCUGCUGAGAGGCAACAUAUGGCUGUAAAAAAAAAACCUGCAUAACUUUUUUUUUUAAAGCGCCUUUUUAAGAAACAAAAAAUGGGCCAUCUUGCUUUGAAAAUCUUAUACCAAAUAUAUGAAAUUUGAGAAACACUACUUUCCCAUCUGAAAAUUCUUCACAAAUGUAAUUUGUACUUUAUUAAUAUUUAUGUAUAGCACAAGUAUGAAGUGUAGCCAUGGUUAUUUAUUAUUACUGUGUAAAAAGCUUCCUUAUUUAUAAAAAAUUGCAAAGUGUCACGGCUAAAUAUUUUUUAAGUCUUUAGAACUUGUAAUAUUUUUCUAUUUGUCUCAACCUAUUAUUCAUAAUGGGUGUUAAUAUCACGUAUUUUUAUUAAGGUAAAACCAAAGAAUCUAAGAAUUGCCCCAGAAAACUUGACAAAUUUUCCUACUGGCCUGCACACUAGUGUUUAGUAUCAGGCUGAUGACAUUCAGGGUUUUUUUAAAAUCUAUAUUAAAUCUGUGAUUUAUUGAUAUAUACUUGAACUGGACCAGAUGUUACUAUUUAUUGAGUUCACACAAUCUUAUUUAAUGAUUGGCUUGAAAACAUUUGGAAUGUUAGCAUUUUAAGUUAAUUAGAAAGCAAAGAACUUUUAGUGAUAGUUUUUUGCUCUCUGUACCUGAGAUUUCAAAUUGUAUUUAUUAAAAUGAAUGAAUUUAUUGUAAUAAAGAGAAUUUUAAUGAC